UGUACAUAAGCCUGAGAGCAUCAUCUCAUCAUUCAUUCCAUUAUCCGGUAGGUAUCUACUAGAAUUGGCAUCAUUUCACCACUCUCUCUAGACAGUCGCACGCAAUAGUGCUCUUUGACAUUAGACGUAGAUCUAGAUUCUGUAACCGCAACACAAAUAGAGUCACGAGCGAGACAUUCAUCAUGAGCGACGAAAAGCCAACGCCAACGACGACUGCCCCACCAGCGCCCGAGGCAGCAGCAGCUCUCACAGAUACAUCGACCGAAUUAGACCCCAAACCAACAACAACUUCUUCUUCAUCACCAGAAGAGACAAAGGUAGAGACCAAGGCAGAGACAAAGACAGGAGAGCCACAGGAGAAGGCCAAGACUCCUCUGCCGGAUGAACCGACCACACCACUCCAGGAACUAUGGGCUACCGCCAAAGCACAUGAGCACGACGAGGUCUGGGGCGUGACUCUGGCGGACCCAUCCACCCACGUCCCCUCGCAGAUCGUGCUGCAGAAGUACCUGAACGCCAACGAUGGCGAUAUCGUCAAGGCAAGGGACCAGCUGACCAAGACCCUGGAUUGGCGAAAGAGCAUGAACCCUCGUGAACUCGUCAAGCAGGCUUUCUCCAGGGAGAAAUUCGGGGGCUUGGGAUAUGUCACCGUUCACUCUGCCGAUGAGAACCGUGAGAUCUUCACCUGGAACAUCUACGGGAAAGUCAAAUCUAUUGACGUGACAUUUGGCGAUCUCAACGAGUUCAUCAAGUGGCGUGUCGCCCUCAUGGAACUAGCCGUGCAGGAGCUAUCUCUCCAGACGGCCACGGUGCCCAUCACGGCUGAUCCCGACGCCGACCCGUACAAGAUUUUCCAGGUGCACGACUACAACGGCGUGUCAUUCUUCCGUCAAUCCUCGCAGAUCAAGGCCGCCAGCAAAGAGACCAUCCACGUCUUCGCCACCGCCUACCCCGAGUUGCUCAAGGAGAAGUUUUUCGUCAACGUCCCGACCAUCAUGGGCUUCAUGUACGGCGCCAUGAAGCUCUUCGUCGCAGCGCGCACCAUCAAGAAGUUCCACCCCAUCACUUACGGUGAGAAUCUCGCCAAGGAGAACUUUGGUGGAAGCAAGGUACCGCUUGGCAAGAUGCUGCCGAAAGCGUACGGCGGCGAAGGCGACGAGUUGCAAACCCAGGGGACAGAGCCGAAGCUGGAGUAGCGCAUUGAUUUGUAACCGUCGAGGUCCCGGGUUUCCUAAGAUUGUUUGGAAGUAUGGUGAAGCAACGGCGCUGCGUAAUUACAUUUGCAAAUUUGACUUUCGAGGGGGGUUAAUGAGGUUAAUUAAUCAGAUUGGAUUAGCAGGUCUACUGCUUUCAUAAGGUAUGUUGGGCAUAGAACUAUUAGCAAGUGAGCAGGACGUAGUAACCCAGUCAUACUUGACUCUAUUCUACAUUUACCUGGGCUGGCUUUUAACCUGAUGUCUCAAGUAAGCAAGGGCUCAGUAGCCUCACCUGUCAUGCGACGUAGGACAGUCCAGUGCUCAUAGCCAAGCUGGCAUCCGAUAUCCGUACAGCAUACCCAAACACAGACACGAUGUUCAUCGCGUUCAACGCACGUAACAGUCUGCCAGAGAAGUUCUUGCCGUCAAACUAAGCCACCUGAGUUAUUUUAAGAUACUAGGCAAGCUAUUAGAAGCUCGACGCCAUCAUCAUGCAUAGGUAGGUUACACGCUGCCUGCUGCAAGCUGAAUCUACUCUACAGAUUCGGCACUCUCCAUUGGUCC